GCUCGGUGGGAGGAAUGUUUCUUCCCUCGCUUCUCAGUCCGAGUAGUUGCACUGGUGGACUUCGACGUGGAACUUUAGCUCACCCUAAAAAAAACAAAAAACAAUUCAAAUUCCAAGUCAUUUGGUUGCCAAAAAUACGGUAGCGCCGCGCCUUAAGCAGCCUCUGCCAGCUCCGCGCGCACCGGCACCGGCGACAAGAUUGCACCUCGGAGUCCAAUUCGGCGCACGCCAACUAAGCCACAAAAAAAAAAAAAAGUGCUCGUUUACCGGUUGAAAGUUGGACAAGACGUGGGCGCCGAAAUUGGGACUUGCGGAUAACUUGUUGAAUGCGGGCGGACCUCGUUUGAGUGACGUCGCCCGUGGCUGGGUAAACACCAGCACGAGCAGAUCAAACCGAGAGAGCUGACAGCCGCGUCCUCUUUGCACAUCGCAUCUGACCGCGUGCUGACCCGCCAGUCGCCGCUCAAGCCUUGCCACACGUCGUGGCCACUAAUUGAAGGUGAAACCGGCGCACACGGAGGCUAAUCGUGGCCGGGAGCCGCCAGCUGAGGAGUCACAGGAUGCUGCUGCCUAAGGCGCCCGCACUGCACCGCUCAAAGCUGAGGCUGGUCUAGAACGUCCUCACCACUGCCGCAGAACUCCUUUACAAAAACAUUAAAAAUAAAAGGAGUUCCGCCGUGAGAUCAACAAUGCUCUUGAACGUUCUGCUCGCCCUGCACGCCGUGUGCGGCGGCGUGGCGCACGCCAUGCAACACUACCCGGCGGCCUGGGGACACUACGACGUUUGCAAGUCCCAGAUCUACACGGAGGAGGGCCUGGCGUGGGACUACAUGGCCUGUCAGCCCGAAGCCACUGACAUGACGAAGUACCUGCGGGUGGCCCUCGACCCCCCCAACAUCACGUGCGGAGAUCCGCCCGAAACGUACUGCGCUUUGGAGAACCCCUACAUGUGUAACAACGAGUGCGACGCCAGCACCGAGGAGUUGGCGCACCCCCCCAAGUUGAUGUUUGACUUUGAGGGCCGCAACCCCACCACCUUCUGGCAGUCCACCUCCUGGAAGAAAUACCCGAAGCCCCUGCAGGUCAACAUCACGCUGUCGUGGAACAAGACCAUCGAGCUGACCGACGACAUCGUCCUGACUUUCGAAUCGGGCCGACCGGAGCAGAUGGUCCUGGAGAAGUCGCUCGACUACGGCCGGACGUGGACCCCCUAUCAGUUCUACGCCACCGACUGCUUGGACGGCUUCACCAUGGAACCCAAGACGGUGGGCGACCUCACCCAGCGCACCCUGCUGGACAUCAUCUGCACCGAGGACUACUCGCGGGGCUACGUGUGGAAGAACGACAAGACGGUACGCUUCGAGAUAAAGGACCGCUUCGCUCUGUUCGCCGGGCCCCGCCUGCACAACAUGGCCUCGUUGUACGGCCAGCUGGAUACCACCAAGAACCUGAGGGACUUCUUCACCAUCACCGAUUUGAGGAUUAAGCUGCUGAAGCCAGCCACUGGAGCCACCAUGGUGGAUGAGAACAACCUGUCCAGAUACUUCUACGCCAUCUCCGACAUCAAAGUGCAGGGAAGGUGCAAGUGCAACCUGCACGCCAACAGCUGCGUGUUCGACAAGGGCAAGCUGGGCUGCGAGUGCGAGCACAACACCACGGGGCCCGACUGCAGCCGCUGCAAGAGGCACUACCACGGACGAGCCUGGAGCGUGGGCUCCUACCUGCCCAUACCGAAAGGGACCGCAAACAUAUGUAUUCCAAGCAAUCAAGGACCUGUGCAUCGAGAAAACGCGUCAUCGCUUGGCGUCGCGAAUCGUAAGCAAGCCCGAGUGUGCGACAGUGCCAUGCUGCGCUGCCAGAACGGCGGCACGUGCCACCACCACCACCAGCGCUGCCACUGCCCCCCCGGCUUCACCGGCGUCCUGUGCGAGAGGGCCCGCUGCCAGGGCCCCGGCGAGUGCGACGGCGACUUAGCAGGGCGGGCCUCCCGCCGUCAUCCCGUCGCUCACCGGCUGGCGCUCGCCGGGCUGGUAUUGAUCCUUUCUCUUUGCUGAGGUGACCCCCACCCCUGCCCGCCGAACUGUUUAGUAACCAAAACCCACCCCUGGAAAAAAAAGAAGCGGGCACGACGAUCGGCCUGGGAGCGGGGACGCCGAGUCGGACAAAGUCAGACGCCGUCGUGGAUUGAUGAAGUCACUGUUGUCUUGUAAAUCUCACACAGAUUAAGAUUGUCCGGAAACAAGAAACAAGAACUACCUGCAAACUGUACAAAGUUACGCACAUUUCUAUAAGAAUUAGUCCUUCAUUUCUAUAGCGCUUGUCUGCAUAAAAGGGUGGCGGGUGGGCUUGAGUGCCCGACCCGGCUCACACACCCUGAACUUGUCCCCAGUCAACCACAGCACACCCACGCUCACCUUCGCACCAUUUCAAGUAACAUGCAUGUUUUUUUGGGGGGGGGGAAUGAGAGGAGACGUUCAGUCAGCGAUUCGAACCCUCGAUCUCCAUCCAUCCAUCCGGUUUCUACCGCUUAUCCCUUUCGGGGGAUGCUGGAUUCUAUCUCAGCUGCACUCGGGCGGAAGGCGUGGUACACCCUGGACAAGUCGCCACCUCAUCGCAGAUCUCCUAAUAGUCAAUUUGGCGGUGGCGUUGGAACCACAAGGCCACCGUGCAGUUGUCUAAGUAGGACUUUAGGAAAAAAAAUUAGAGAUGUCCGAUAAGAUCGGACUGCCGAUGUUAUCCGCCGAUAAAUGCUUUAAAAUGUAAUAUCGGAAAUAAUCAGUAUCGGUUUCAAAAAGUAAAAUUUAUGAGUGGUACACAGACGUAGGGAGAAGUACAGAGCAGUCGCGUCUCCCAGUCAUACUUGCCAACCCUCCCCAUUUUCCCGGGAGACUCCCGAAUAUCAGUGCCCCUCCCCAAAAAUCCCCCGGGGCAACCAUUCUCCCGAAUUUCUCCCAAUUUCCACCCAGACAA